UUUAAGUAGCCUUCAGGUCAAGCCUUAAAGCCAGCCAGUAUUUUCGCUGAGCUGGGUUGUUGUUUACAUCCUGUAGCCGCUCUUCGUACGGACAUCCCGUGCGCGAGGGGAGCGGCAAAAAUUCUCACGUGAAGUUUUAUUGCCAUCCAGUGACCACUUUCAUUGCCCAUCUUGCUUGCCCCUAGUAUCUAUCGUACAAUCGUUGUGCACGCACGGAACCGAGAGCACAAGCAACUAGAUAAAACACACACACGAUGAAGGUAACGGUAACCACGCUCAGCGACGACAUCUUCGUCCUGGACGUGAUCGAGGAUAUGGAGCUGGAGAGUUUCAAGGCUCUUUGCGAGAUCGAGAGCAACGUACCAGUCCAUGAGAUGGUGAUCGCUUUCAAUGGUCUACCAUUGAUGAACGACAAGAAAUCGCUGAAGGAUCACGGGAUCCGUGACGGUGACGUGGUGAUUUUGCAGCACAUGCAUCAAAGCGGGGCCGAGUUGAACCUUCACCCGUUAAACGGAGCUAUUCCCAUGUUGGACUUCAGUUCCAUCAGAGUACCAGGAUCAUCCAGCAGUCGACAGCCAACAGCUUCCAGUAGCACUAUAGCCAGAAUGCAAAACCCUAGAAAGGAGGAUGAUCCAGAAAUAAUAAGAGACAUGUUUUUGGCUAAUCCAGAUCAACUAGCGUUGCUGAGCCAGAAUAAUCCCAAGCUGGCUAGUGCCUUACUUUCUGGAAAUCUUGAGAGAUUUACAACUGUACUCAGAGAACAAAUAAAAUUAAGAGAAGAGCGUGAGGCACAAAGACUAAGAAUGAUGAAUGCAGAUCCAUUUGACACAGAAGCACAGAGGUUUAUUGCAGAGGAUAUUAGGCAAAAAAACAUUGAAGCAAACAUGGAAGCUGCAAUGGAGUAUAAUCCAGAAACAUUUGGAUCAGUUGUUAUGUUAUAUGUUAAUUGUAAAGUCAAUGGAUUCCCAGUUAAAGCAUUUAUUGAUACUGGUGCACAAUCAACUAUAAUGUCGGAUGCUUGUGCCGAACGAUGCCACAUAAUGCGAUUGGUGGACACAAGGUGGGCUGGAAUAGCACAUGGUGUUGGAACUCAACGCAUCAUUGGCCGUAUUCACAUGGUACAAAUUCAAAUUGGUAAUGAUCAUCUAACAACAUCGUUCACUGUCCUCGCGGAACAAAGCAUGGACAUGCUACUGGGUCUGGACAUGUUAAAGAGGCAUCAAUGUUGCAUAGAUUUGAAGAAAAACGUGCUCCAAAUUGGCACCACCGGUGCAGAGACGCCGUUUUUAGCAGAAGGGGAGCUGCCAGAGUGGCUAAGGUUAAGUGGUUAUAGCGAUGCAAGUAUUUACGACACAGAAGAUGAUAAGGAUGACAAGAGGGGAGGACCUCAAAGAGCACUGGAUUAUGGCUCCAGAGAUGCAAAGAAGCAACGUCGCCAGCAGGAAGGGCAAGAAAGCAAUAGUUCAAGCGGGACAUCAAGCAGACUAGGCUCCAUAGAAACUACAGUCUUCCCCCACGACCCAUUCACAGAAGAAACAGUGAAAGAAAUCGAAUCUCUAGGAUUCAGCAGAGUACAGGUCAUCGCGGAACUGCGUAGAUUUAAUGGAGACAAAACUCAAGCCACCGAUGCGUUGUUCACGAAAUCCUUUAGACUAUAAAGCAACAAGGAAAGAAAAGAGAAAUUGUGGGGGUUUCCAUGUUUGAACAGUAAAGAUAAGGGAAUGGAAAAUUUGUACUUGAUUUUUGGUAGCGAAUUUUCAUAUCGAUUAUUAUAAAAUCUGGAAACCACACGAUCGAAACUCAGCUCAAGCAAGCAUACUCACUGCUCGACAAUUAGCAUGAAAUGGUGUUUCAGAUUUUAUUUCGUCGAGCAGAUAUUAUGAUGUAUGUAUAGAUAUCAUAUUUCAUUUAAUUAAUAAGUGGCUACUUCAGAGUAAAGCUACAUAUAUCUUCUCCGACUUUUAUAUUUUUUUUGCUAGAUAUACAGAAAUGAAAUGAAUCGAAUUUGGAAUUUUAAGUGGAAGUCAGCGUGCUCUGAUAACCUAGCCUACCAUUAUUGCAAUACACAAUUUUAGGAGUAAAUAUAAAAUGGUUUGAAAACAAAGUCAUAAGUUAGGGGAGCAGCUUAUUGUCUUUCGUGAAAGUUGCGUCACAUUUGUAGAUGUCUCACAAAAUUUUUACUUACUAGAUUAGAUAAAAGAAAAUAGACUUCUGAAAGGAUAAUGUUUUAAUCAAAGAGACAUAUUGCACGGUUUGACGGACAUUUCGAGCUUCGCGACUAAAAAUCAGUUUGCGAUACCUCCAAGAAUACAUUAGUUUCACUUCUGUAAUUUUAUUAUUUACG